UCUACACUCUUAAGGCCCAGCCCAGCCGUCAGGCUAUUGGCGGCGGGUCCCAGGAUGUUCUCGUCAUCGGCUUUUGCCUGGAAAACCAACACCUCUACCCGUACCAAGGAAAACGUGCAUGACUUGGAGACCUUCUUCAAGUUGAUCGGCAGAGACACGAUCGAACACCUCGAUGCUUUCGACGGAAAAUUGAACAAGUUCCUCCGCACGACGUCCAAGCUGAUGAAGACGAAAGGCAUCGACGUCUCCACGAGACGGUACAUGUUGAGGUGGAGACACAAGUUCAUCAACAACUUGGAGCCCUUGAGAGAACACAAGAAGGGCAAGAAGAAGAACGGUGGAGAGAGAAAGGCCAAGGCCGUCAAGGCCAAGAAGAUUGCGCUCGAGCGGGCCGAGGAGAAGGAGCGCUUUAUUGCCGAGGAAUUGGAGGCUGAGAGAAAGGGUGAGAGACAGUUCUAA